ACCCAAGCCCAAAACCCACCAAAACAAAACCCAAAACAAAACCCAAGACAAAACCCAAAACCCAAAAACCCGAACCCAAAAACAAAACCCAAAACCCAAAACCCAAAACCCAGACCCAAAACCCAGACCCAAAACCCAUUUUACAAAAAAAGGGGGGAAAUAAAAAAUAUAUAUAUUUUGGAGCCUUCUUCCUCCUCCCCCGCCCCCGGUUUUCUCCUUUCCUUCUCUCCCCCAAAACCAGCCGGCAGCCACAUGCCGGUCAUCAUGCCCCUACCACACCUACGCCCUGCCUUGCUCAGCCCAGACCCUCUGCACUGAACCAGCUUCCACCCUCCUCUGCAUCAAUCUCCAGCUCUGCGCGCCUGCUCUCUGCGCCCAAUCCCUGCCCUGCACCGAGCCCUGCCUUGCACGCUUCUGCUCCCUCUCCUCUGCGCCUCACUGCCGGCCAUCAUGCUCCUGCACCAGAUCCCGUGCCUUCCGCGCCUCACUGCCAGCAAUGAUGCCCCUACACGCCCGAGCCAUCAUCAGCACUCCACGCCCCUACCUGCCUUGCACCCGAGCCUUACUCCUGCGCUUGACCGUGCCUUCUGCUCCCAGAUAUCUCCUCUGCGCCCAGAUUUCGUGCAAUCAUGCACUCCUGCACCCCCUGCACUCAUUACCCCCUGUUUGCUUCCUGCUUCGCUGUGCCGAUCUGCACUCAUCACCCCGCUUCUUCCCCGAACCAAUCGCCAGCCGAUCCUGCACUCAUUACCCGCCUGCGCCCCUGUUGCAGCCCGAUCCUCUGUGCCGCUGCAACCCAAUCUUGCAAUCCGAUCUUGUACCUGCUCUGAUUGUCUGUUCUCCUUGUCUCGUUUUGCUGCAAGUGUGGGAACCACCAUUAAUUAUGCAGAUGAAACUGAUUAUUAUGGUGUCUUAAAAGAGGUGAUCGAGGUAUUGUAUUAUGGACACUCAGGCCAUCAAGAGACUAUAAUAUUGUUUAAUUGUGAUUGGUAUGACACGAACCGAGGAAUACGUGUCAAUGUUGAACACGGAAUUGUUGAUGUCAAUCCAAGGUUUAAACUUUCAACGGGGGAGCCAUUUUGCCUUACUAGUCAAGCACAACAAGCUUAUUAUACUCCAUAUCCGGCAACCACGGAUAGAACUACCCGGGGAUGGUUGGCAGCAUGUAAAAUCAAAUCUAGACAUCUAAUUGAGACCUCAUCUACCUCAUCUUCAGGAGAGGUUGAUGAUAUUUUUCAAGAUGAUGACCCCUCCAUAAUGCAAGGCUCUUCAUUAGCUAUAGAUUUAAUUGCAUACCAAUCACUUCAACUAUGUGCAGAAGGUGUUACAGAAGUUGAGGUUGAUGCUAAUACAUCUGAAGAAGAGGAGGACUAUGGAGAAGAAAAAGAUUCAGAAUCCUUAGGAAAUAGUGAUAAUGUUGAGGAUGGUGAUGAUAGCGAUGAUAGUAAUGAUUAAUUGAAACAUCUGUAUUAUUACUUAUUAAAUAUAUGUAUUAAAAUUUCUUUGUCUUACAUAUAUUGUUUUAUUAAGUUAUAUAUUUUUCAUUUAAAAUAGAAUCAUUGUAUGAUUGUUCUAAAUUUAUUACUUAUUAUUUGUAUAAAUGUAUUAAUAACUAUUUUGUUAUUCA